CAGUAGCAAAAAUUUAACGAUUCGUUAAAAUGCAUCGUCUUUUAUAAAAAAAAGCCGAUAACUUUGAAACUGUACCCCCUUCCCUGUUUCCAGCGAUAACAGCUCGAACUUAUAGUUCUGAUUUCCUAUUUCUUUCUUAGUGAUCUAAUUUCGGGUAUUGUUUCUUGCUAAUCCCGCUUUUAUCCACGCAAAUCUUCGGGAAAUCUUUGGAACAAUCCAAUAUCAUUUCUUUUUCUUUUCCGCAGGCAAUUUCUAAUCGCUAAAUCGAUAACAUUUCGAAAGUCAAAAAGUCCUCUUCUGCAAAUUAACUUUUGAAAUAGAUAUUUUGUUUUGCUCCAGGCGCCCAGUUGAUAUUAGUAAACGCCCCAAAAUCAUCCACUAAAAACUUCUUAUAAAUAAAACUGUAUUGCGUUUCAUAAUUACACACAUUUUGCAUUGUCGUUAUUAACGUCAAGACAUUGUAAUAUCCGCUCGAAAGGCUUUGAUUCAUCCCUUGGAUGAAAUCAGGUUGAACUCAAACUGGCCUUUUGUUUUGAUUCCAAAUCUCGUCCUUCAUAUAAAACUUGAUCAAUGUUCUAAUAUCUUAGCUUUAAAUUUUGUUUGAAUAGUCCCCUUAUUGUAUAAGGCUUUCAUUGUAGUUAAAAAAACACUGCGAAAAAAGUAGAAGAUACUACGAUGGUAAGAAAAGAGCCGAGUUUCUUGUUAACGCUAGGCUGCAAUUUAGCUUUGUAUUUUUUCUAGCUCUUCAACGCCGUCUUUUGCAUAUUUAAAGCCGAUUUUGGCUAACCAGCCGAAGGCAUCGGUUAUAUGUUUGUGUUAUCGAGAAGUUUGUUUAUGGAAAACCUUCGCAUCGUGGUCUUAGAAUUCAACCCGAGGCGAAUUUAGGGGAAAUACCUCUCUCAAAACACAAAAAUAAACACCCGAGAUAUGUAAAUCCCGCCUGCAGCUUUUAAAAACGACGUUUAUUAUGAAGUGAAGUUCGCUACUAAAUUUACACAGAGGAAUUACAUAAAGCAUUGUUGAUCGCUAGAGGCUAUUUGCGGGAUUCCUGUGCUUUUAGAACGCGCGCAAAAUGUCGUUGGCGCAUGCGUACAGCGCGUGUUCUCCUUCACAAACACGUGUAGCACGGGGAGCCUCGAGGAAAAGGUGAGGAAAAACCGAAGCAUAGUUUUUGUUUGUGUUAGAUUAGCAUGCAUGGUCACAUCCCCUCUCUUAUCAAUGCGCUCGUGGUCGGAACUAAUGCAUUUUGUUUUUUCUCUUCGAGAGGUUUAUAAACCGUUCAUUUGACAAAUACACCGUACCAUGAUGUGGGCGAACCAUUUUGAUUCAUUCUCCCUCUAAGUGCUUAUUGCUCUCCUUGACGCGCGGAGACCAAGUCCUGUUACGACAGAGUUAAACGCAGUGUUAAAACGUAACACUUUGCUGUUUCACCGAGCCUAAGGUUGCUCACUUUCAGGCUGGCAAAGAGACGAAAGGAUGAUCUCGCCGCUUCAAAAACUAGAUUCCGGGUGCAAAACGGAGGGAAAAGCUGAGAAGUGUUUGAAAGAAGUCGAUGAUCCGAAACCUUCCAGUCGGCCAUUCGAUAUUGAGAAUCUGACUGCUCCCGACAGCCCUUCCAAACGAACCAAAAAAAACACGGAGUGGCGAAUGCUGGAAAGAAACGUAUUCCGCAACGUCGAAACGUCUUUCCCUUUAAAUGCUCGAACUACCCGUUACCCUGUCUUUUCAAGUCAUUUCAUGCCCGAGGCGUACAGCUCUUAUUUGGUCUCCCCCUACAUCAGUCCUACAAGUCCACCGUUCUUCGUAUCACACGCUUUCUCAGAAGCACCAGCGCUUCCUCGGUGGCACCCAAAUGCACUCCGCUUCGCGGCAAAUUUUUCCCGCCAAAACUCCAGCGACUUCAUGGUUAGACCUUCGCUACGGCGGCCCAGCCUCGAUCAUGUAUCACCAGACAGGAAAAAACUAAAACUCGAGAGUGAAUCUCAGGACACGUUUGAUUGUAUGAGUUGUAAGAAGGUUUUCAGUACGCCUCACGGGCUAGAGGUGCAUGUUCGACGGUCUCACUCCGGGCGAAGACCCUUUGAGUGCCUCACAUGUGGAAAGACAUUCGGACAUUCAGUCAGCCUCGAGCAACACAAGAGCAUUCACACCAACGAGAAGAGCUUCGAAUGUAAAGAAUGUGGAAAGGCGUUCAAACGGUCUAGCACGCUUAGCACUCACAUGCUUAUCCACUCGGACACACGGCCUUUUCCUUGUCAGUACUGCCCGAAGAGAUUCCACCAGAAAUCUGACAUGAAAAAACACACGUACAUACACACCGGUGAAAAACCGCAUAAGUGCCUUGAGUGUGGUAAAGCGUUUAGUCAGUCGUCGAACCUUAUAACACACAGUAGAAAGCAUAGUGGAUUCAAGCCAUUUUCAUGCCAAGUCUGCCGAAGGUCGUUUUACAGAAAAGUUGACUUGAGACGGCAUAUGUAUACACAUGAAAGCGAAGUGAGUCAAUGAAAAACGCUGAAGACCCUCAAUCCGUUGUAAAAAGGACAUCAGUUAUUUUAGAAAAUGGAGGGCUGAAUAUGCUAGGUCUCUUUUGUUAUUAUUUAGUUACUAAGAUAAAGGAUUUUAUGAAGUGAAUAUUUUAAUCAGGUGUGUUUCUCAUCAAGCUAGACUUGAAACGCGGAAUUUCUAUAUAGAUAAAAUGCCAAUCCGUUUCGGAAGCCGAGGUAAGAACUAAUUUGUGGCUGGCGUAAUUCAGCGGGGCUCUUCUAAUGAACCGCAUUAGACAGCUAGAUGCAACCAGCAGUCUUCUAGGAUUUCAACAAGAAUAUAAAAGUCUAUUGUAGAAGGGGUGAAAUCCUUCCCUCUGCUUAAGUCAAAAUUGAAAAGAGACUAAAAAAUAAAACUAAUAAAGUCUUAUCAAUUUA